AUGCCGCUGCUGAUUCUGUCACAGCAGCUGCGGAAUGAGCUGGCUGAGGGUAAUCAAAGCCCUUGCCAAAUUUUAUGCCACGGCCUGCACCAGUGCACAAUGGAAAACUGCUUGCAAACCUUCAGGGCCGACGGAACCAAGAUCAAGAAUGACGAAAAAGUGCCAUUAGGCAGACGGAAGUGGAAUUGUGACACGGCUGCGGUGCUGAACUUUCGCAUUAUCCUCAAUGCCCUGCUUAAAGGCAAUCAUCCUCCCCGUUUCUUGCGCAAAAAGGCAUCGCCAGAGCCGGCUGAAGCCGAGUCUACAUCAACCCUCAAGUCAAACCCCAAGUUCAAGCGUGUGCGCAAGAAUACAUCUUCCCCUGCUUCUUCUCUUCAAAAGAAGCAGCGAACUGGAUAAUAUCGUCAACCAUAGUGGUAUAUUGCCACUGGUUUCU